CACCACCAAACCACCACCACCAUCACUCAACUCCAACAUCCUCUUCAUCUGCAUCUACUACAUCCUCUCUCUACAUCUCAACUCACAUCUCGUCACAGAGCAUCUCCCCCCUCGACUCGCCUCCCUCCCUUCCCCCUCUUCUCUCUCUCUCUCCUCUCCAACUCCCGGCGUUCCUGCCCAUCUUCAACUCACACGUACCCCCCACCGGCAAUCAGAUUCCAUCCACGCACACCCCACACCACGCAGCCCUCCCCUCCAACGACUACGCCGCCUAAUCAAGCCGCAGCCGCGCCCCCCUCGGUUGCCAAACGCCGACCACGAGCACUUGGCCGAAGUAGUGCAACAGCAGCAGCAAGAAGAUCGACAGUGUAUCCUGUUUGUUGGAGCCGAGCCAACGAAAGCAACCUACGGCUUGACCGGAACUCUACCAACGUGGACGCUCAAGUCCGCCGCCGUCGAUCUCGUCGGUCUGUCGCACACGACGUGAGACACGGGCAACCCCCUUUGCUUCGUGUUACCUCUACACUUGCACAUCCGACUCGUGUCAAUAGCAGCCAAAGAGAUCCGCCGAGAGCGCGCCGCCCAGCCGCCAAUUCAAAGCCGACCCAAAAGGGAGCCAGGAACCGGGCGACGAGCAGCGACAGCCCCAACUCACUCGCCGCCGCCGCCGCCGUUACUCUUUUACUCCAACAGACCACCCACCGCGUACUCGACGCGCGCCCCGCCAUUGACCGCAUGACGAGCACGCCGUCGUAACAGCACAAGCAGCAGCCUCGACACCCCUCCCCCCCUUUCCCCCCGGCACCGCGAGUCGACGCCGUCCGUCGCCCAGCGACGACACUGCGCGACAACCCCAAUCGCCGCCGCAUCCCCACCCCUCCCCUUGCCCCCGACACACCCGCACGUUCGCUGGUGAUCGCGGUGAUCGUGGGCCCGUCGCCGCUGAAACAAGGGCGUGCGCGUACCCAUGAUGACGGGCUUGCACAGGUCGGAUGACCCGCCAGAGCUGGCAUCGUCGUCGACUUCGGCGGCCAACCUGGCGGACAUUGCCCCCUUCGGAGAGCCAGUGUCGCCGCUGACCGUGCCGGCGCGUCCAUCACUCGCCGAGCGACGCCAGGCGAGCGUCUCAAGCGCAUAUACGGGUAUCGACCCCCUCGAUUCGUCGGCCAGUGCCCAGUUUGCGCUCACAACAGAUUUGAGCCACUCGCCCACGUUUGAUGGACCGUCGUCGGCCCCACCGACGCCCUCAGUCGUGUCGAUAACCCACCCCUCGCAGUUUAUCCAUACUCAUCACCCUCGGCGAGGGUCCCUCACACCGUUGGGACUCAAUGUCAUUUCGCCGGUCCCGCCGCCGCCAUUGCAACACGCACUGGAGACUGCGUCGCUCGCCCUCGCCGCCGCUCAGCAAUCGUCGUCGCCCAUGCGCUCGGUGGGCUUUGUUGCCCAAGGUAGCGAGUUUACGUCUGAACCAUCACGACGAGACUCGGUGGCGACGGUCGCUUCCAACGCGUCGUCAAACUUGACGGCGACUCGGCCGAGCCCAAACAACGCAAACAACCUGCGACGAUUGUCACUCACACCCUCAAUCUCGGCGCUCCCAAUCGCGUCAUCGAGCAGCGGCGCCGCCUCCUCUAGCAACAACACUGCACCAAAUACAAUGUCCAACUUUAAUCCUGCCAAGAGGAGGUCAUCCCUGACGCCAUCAAAUCCGACUCUGGCCGCCCCCUCCCCCACGCGCACCCUCGUGUCGGGCCGGUUGAACGCCCCGCUCCCCCCGAGAGAGUCGCGAACAAUAGACACUCUCCCAAGUCAGCAGCCUCGACGCAGCAGCGCCCUGGCCGCCCUGGCAGAUGGAAGACGAGGGAGCCUGCCUCAUCUCUACUAUGGAGCGUGGACAGGUCCCCAGCCGACGCCGUUCAACCCGACAUUGGCGUCGACCCGCGGCAGUGUCGACGACACGGCAGUCAUUGACCAGACUUUUAAAUUUGGAAGUCUGCCAGAUGACACGCCAAACUCGUCCGCCGCGUCGUCCCUGCAACGCAUCCACGCCAUGUCGUUGCGCGACAAGUCGGCAUUCGAGCAGGCAGAAGAGGCAGAGGCAGAGCGACAGAGACGGGCCUUCUUAGCUGCAACCUUUGGCGAGGACUCGCGGCGCGCACGCGCACGGCUGAGCCUCGGUGGCGGCAACUCGACAGCUGGACCGGCAUCCCCAGCAAGCACACGUCGAACCAGCUUGUUGAUCUGGGAGCGGAUACAAAAGCCCCAGGAUGGUCAGAGUAUCAUCAACUUUGACGACAACACCUUGGGCCGAAGACCGAGCUUGCCUGUCAACAUUCCCCCACGGGGUGCCGUACCCGAGCCGGAGCGCGACCCAGCCGCGUCGGUCACAGAUCCGACCAGCUGGGAGGGCACCGACGAGCAAGAGGAUGAGGCUCACUUGGCCACACCGCAGCGACCAUUGCCACCGCUGUUGCCACUUUCCGACCCUGUCCCCCGUCUGCUCCAGACCACGCUGGCACUCCAUCGCGCAUCACACCUGCUCAAUUCGCGCAACCUCGAGUCUGAGCCACUCCCAGCACCGCUCCCCCCAUCACUCCACCCUCCCGCCCCUGUCGACCUCUCCGAAUUUGACAUCGACUUUAUCCUUGCUGGCUCAAAACCCAACCUCGGCAGAAAUGGCUCCGGCUCGACCAAGAGCCGCGGGUCUAACAGCUUUGAGGGGCAAGAGCGGUCUACUGCGCGGCCCAGCGAUGAGGUCGAGGACUCGUUUGCCAAGUUUGUUGGCGCGUUCGACGACGAGUACGGAGGCCGCAGAGGCGAGUGGACCUUCCGCGCCUGCCCAUUGCCACGGCCGCCGCCGCCAGAGGUCAACCCCAUCUUCCCCGUGGACCGCCACCCAGACGAGGUCGACCCACUCGACCCCGCUGUGCUUAUUCCUCGUGCCGCAUGGGACGCGCCGGGUGCUGGCAGGUAUGAGAUUUACCCCAACGGUGACAUCCGGGCUGUCGAGUCGGGCCACGUCUGGCGUAUCCGCCAGAUGAGCUCGCGCGAGUACGACCUCGAGCAGCCGACCCGGGGUCAGCUCAUCCUGCCCACAGAUCCUGUUCCCGACGGCGCCCACCAACCGCUCAUCAUCACGCCCUACAUUGGCUACACCCUCACUGGCAAGAUGGUGCACACGGAGAAUGGUGGCGUCAAGUUGCCGUUCACAGUGCAGCGCGAGCUCGCUUCACGACGGGAGAAGCGAGUAUCACAUCGGUUUGCCGCUGCCACUCGCAACCGCGCCAGCGUCAGCGAGCCGCUCGUCAUGGCCUCGUACAAUGAGCUCAACAAGCGGGAACAUGAAGAGCGCGUGCGCUUUGGCUCGCAUGACUCGGACGCCACAGCCAUUCCUCACGGCCAGCGCGCAUCACAGCCGACUGUCAUGGCGCGCCGACCGACGACGCCGACCCCUCCAUCCGGUUCGCCACCAAAAGGCAAGGACGACAAGCCGAAGCGCGAGCACCGCCGUUCAAAGCAAAAGGACGUCGACGAGGAGAAGACCAAGAAGUCGUCGUCGUUUGGUGGUGCCCUCAAGCGCAGCAUGAACAAGGUGCUGCAGGGAUACGAGGAGCGCAAGGAGCGUGGGAGCCACAUGUGGGGAGCCAACGGCCACAGCAGCAACCACACCAACUCGUCCCAUUCCUCGGGCACGUUCAAGGCUUCACCCAUGCGGCACGCAUCGGACCGCAGCGAUUCGGCCUCGGCAUCGUCGCAACAGUCGAGCCGGUACAACACGGACGGCACGGUUGACCCCUAUGGCGACGAGUGGCCGGGCGACGAGGCCAUGUUUGGUUCAUUAGGCCUCGGCAUCGAGGACGAGCAGAACGGCGGCUUACCCUGGAAAGAGGGCAAGGCCUGGGAGGGUGUCCCCGAUGAGGCCUUGGCCAUGGUCAUCCCCAUCGAGUCGGAGAUUACAACGCCCCACAACAAGUCGCGUCCCUCGAGUGUUGCGCAGCCGUUCAUCAACCCGUUCUUCAUCGACGGCCCGAGACAAGCGCUGUUAGUGUGGUUUACGCCCUUCAACUCUGGCGGCGACACGAGAUUUGGCUCAAACUCUACCCUGUUCAAGAUCCAGGAGGCGCCGCACCACGAGCAGGAGGAGCACCACGUCGCUUCAUCUCUUGGCAGGUUACCCAAGCUGUUACGCCCUCGAGGCAGCAAGGCCGACUCGCCACGGAGCAUUGGCUCUCCGCGGGGUAUCGGCGGCUCGCGCCACAUGGCACACCCGCUGCCUGUGACCACCACCCCGCCCAACGAGCUUCACGAUCUCUCGCCAAUCCUCGGCAAGGCCAGAGGCGAGUCGACCAACCUGCGUCCACUACCGUUCAAGUCGUUCCGCGUCGUCGCCAAGGUUGUCCAGGUCGAGGACCUCAAGUCAUCGCCCGAGGUGCCGGUCAUUGCGUUAGAGCAGUGGGCCGAGCAGGUGCGCACCGGCAAGCCCGCCGGCCUGGCAACACCGCCGCUAGACGGGGCAACCAAGAUGGAGGACCCGGCGGCGUCGUCGAGUUCUGGGUCGUCGCCCGACUCUGCGCACGACGCGGCUGUCGAGGCCAACAUUUCGUCUGGCCGCGCGUUUCCGACGGUCAUUGCCGUGUGUCACAGCCACAACCAGGGCGUCGAGUUUGUACUCGAGGGCUUGGACAGGCUUGGCCUGUGCAAGGGCGAGUCGGCGUGGGGUCCGACGGGUUACGAGGAGUGGCGAGGGACGGGUCUGAGCGACAAUGGCCGACAGCUGAUUGAUCUGCUGUGGGCGAGUUGCUCUGCGAUCAUGGGGCUGUAGGCGGGGCGUGAAGGUGUGCCACUCGUCGUUGCGCCACGGCACGACGGCACGACCCCUCGCAUAGAUGUCACCGACCGGCGCGACGACCGCGCGUGUACUGUCUAGCAUUCUUCCUUGUUCUUCUUUGCAUCUGACUGGUUCUGUCAUCACCCAUCAUUCAUUGUGUCCGAGUACGAGCAUGCAUGUCAUGGACUACGA